AUGAAUAUCAAGAAUUUAUUCAUUUGGUUACUUGAGCAUAUCUAUGGUUACAAUGUCUUCUUACCUGACGAAGAUGAUUAUAAUGAUAAUGAUGACAGUGACGAACCAGUCGAUCCUGCAGUUACUCUGAAACAUCAACUAUAUUCUACUCGAUUAUAUAUCCCUCUUCUUAUCAUCACCCUGUACAUCCUAACGUUUGUUGCCGUCGUUAGUCCACAAAAUCAAUCGAUCAGCGUUUCAGACAUAACACCAGUACUUUUUAAUGAGCUCUAUCGCGAUCAUGCCGAUACACUGUCAUGCCCAUGUUCAACUAUUGCUGUGCCGUAUGGAAAAAUUGUAUCACACAUGAUCUCCUUUCACCCGGUGUGUUCAAGUACUUAUGUGAGCAAAGAGUGGAUUCAAGCACUUUAUUUGUCCUAUGCCAGCUCAUUGCUAGUGAUGGAUUUUCGAACAACUGCGAAAUCUCAAUUUGAACUUCUCGCUGCAUUUUGUUCCAUCUCUCAAGAAACAGUUUUUCAAUCUCUCGUUGACGUGGAAAAUGAACAAUUUGUGACUUCUGAACUGUUUCCUGAAGACCAAGUUCAGUCUCAAAUAGUGGCCACUAUUGAUCUAAUUAAAAACAGUAUUUUCCUUCAAAAUGGUAUUAUCGUUAGUCUCUUACAAAUAACAACACACUCAAACUUUCUCGUUUCUGCUCUUAAUACAAAUGCCUAUAUUGCAGUGAAUAAAAUUAAUGGGCAAGUUUUUCGCAUAAUACCAUCAUCUACCCAUGCAUUCAACGAAAAUAGCAGUCGCACAGCCAAUAGUAUCGGUCAAACGUGUGAUCUAGUAAAAUCAACAGUACCCGCCGGUAUUUAUUCACUACCACAGUAUGAGAGUGCGAUAGAACAUUCGACAUGGCCAAUCAAUCCACCCUCUUUCAGUCCAAGUACUAAUGCAACAGUAGAUGGAUUCUUUGCUGGAUGUACUCCACUUGAUGGUUUACUUGUCAGUACACUUGACUGCUUAUACAGUGUCAGCUGUCUGAAAAACUUUUCCAGUUAUUUUCCAAAUCUUAACCAGACGAAUAUUUCUUGGUCUGAUGGUCUGCCAUCUUCAAAUCGGAAACAGAUACCUGUCGGAGAUAUUUUAUCUGAAUUAUUCGUAGCAAAUUGGUCGUCUGUGAUCAACUAUACUGUAUACUUUACUUCAUGCGCUCCAAAAACAUGUACGUAUACAAUUAUCAGCCACAUGAAUGUUUUAUACGCUGGUGUUCUCUUACUUGCCCUCUAUGGAGGUGUCACCAUUCUGCUUCGCUCAAUCACACCUUACUUAGUUUUUCUUUUGCUAAAGCUCAAGCGCAGUUCGACCAAUCACAAUCGCAAUCUAAAAAAUCAAUUGAUGGCUAUAAAGAAAUGCAUGGGCAAGUUAGGACGACUCAACUUGUUUAAAUCAAUCAAUAGACGAACCGAAGAAGAUGUCAAAUUACAACGCGUGAUCACGCGGAUUUACUUGAUUUUACUUGCGAGUGCCGUGUGUGUGCUUCUAGUACACACAUCUAUCGAUGUGCAGAUGGUUGAUAUACCUGUACUGAAACCUUUGUUGAGAGAAUACAGGCGACUACAACAAUCACAUUCCAAUUCUCUAAAAUGCUCUUGUUCAAACACUGCUGUACCAUAUCAAACAUUCGUCGCUUGGGCGCCAAGACUUCAUUCGUUGUGUACAAGCGAUUUUGUGACUAAUGUACUCUAUUUUGGAUACCGUUUCUUCGCUUGGAAUGGUUUCACAAGUCAACAUUUCCGUUUGCUGUCAAUUUUAUGCCAACUGGCAAACAAAACUAUCACAGAUGCCGUUCAUCGAUUUGGUAUUCAAACCUUCGUCACACUGAAUGUCACCAGUGAAGAUAUUUUCAAUAUUCAAUUAGAUAUAACUGUGCACGAGUACACUCAGUCGUUCGGUGCUGAUUUUUAUCUUCUUCUCAAGACUAUUCAACUGUUCACACAAGCUGAUCAACCUUACACAAUGGGUAACAAUGCUAAUCUAGUCGGUUUGGCAACGCACGAUGAAAGCAAUCACAGAGAAAUUUCCAAGCUUGGAUUCAACUUUACUGGUCCAAUGAACACCGAAACGCAGCAAGUAGUAUGUAUCUGCGCUACAGAUCCUCGCUGCCAAACUCCAGUUCGUGAUCCUAUAAAUACAACUACUCUAUACAAGGUUCCGGGCUUUUCUGAAGUUGUAGGAAUGAUCAAUAGUUGCUUUACUUUGAAUUCUGUAUUGCUGUCAACGCUAGAAUGUUACUAUUCUGAUUCGUGCGUGUCUAUUCUGUACAAGUACAUAAACGCCACAGUGGACGUCAUUGAUCUAGAUCUUCGGUAUAUCGAUGCUAGUCUUCUUGUAUAUAAUUCAACAUCCAGCCGAUUUCCACCCAACACCUUACUUUCACUGAUAAUCAAAGAGUUAAUGAUCGAAGAGUGGAACCCAACAUUUUCAUUCGAAGAUUAUUAUCAGGAAUGUGCACCGAGCAGAUGCAUUUACUCUCAAGAAGUGCGUACGAGUAGCUUAAUCGACAUAAUGAUAAGAGUGAUAGCAACAAUCGGCGGUGUUAUUGUUAUUCUACGAUUAGCUACACCGCUACUAAUCAGGUUGAUCAUCAAUUUGUGGAAGAACAAACAACCAUCAAACACGUCACAAAGACAGCUAACAUCUCGAGAUUCACCGAAACUGUUCAGUCGGGUGAAAACGAUCACAACUAGACUAGUUAGACUGAUGGGAUCUACGUUGAUAAAUCUAAAUAUUUUCCCAAGACGAAUUUUUGGUGGACGUAUCACUGACAGAAAAGCGAGGUAUUUUGGGCAAUUAUCAACGAGACUUUACAUCGUUCUGCUGAUCGUCACUUCUGGUGUCUUGGCAUUUUACUACGUUCUCCAAUUACGAACAAUAAAAGUAACAAUUGAUAGACCAGAUAUCGAUGCCUACAAAAGUCUUCUACUCGAACACGGUGAUACUUUGCAAUGUCGUUGCUCGUCAGUCUCAUCGAAAUACAAUAACUUCGUUCAAAUUCAACCUAUUUUUCAUCCAAUAUGCUCAAGCCUCUUCGUUUCCGAGGAAUGGUACAUGAACAUUACGUCAAGUUUGGCUCCAGAUUUAUUUAUCUAUGACACUCGCGAUUAUCGUCGUUUUCUAUCCUCCCAUUUGCAACUUCUAUCAGGAUUGUGUUCUGAGGCAAUGCAAUCCGUGAAUAGCUAUAUCACUCAGUUUCUUGAAUCAUUUUUUCUAACCGAUCAACUCGUACCAGCAAGUACACUUAACACAUCCAUCCAUACGCUUGUCAAUAGUAGUCAAUUAAACGCUCCCAAUUCUUUUGUAACUCGUCUAUCCCUUCUUCGGGCUGUCAAUUACGGCAAUGCUAUUAUAUCAUCUUAUGGAACAAAUUUUGAGUAUAUUGAUCCUUGGGUGAAUGAAUCUUAUUCUGCAGCCAUUACUCAAUCAAUAGUCUAUGCUGAUGAAUGUUCCUGUGCAUUGAGUAUGAAUUGUACUGUUCAAGCUGGAUUCGUUGCACCAGACUCAUUGAAAAUCGUACCAAUCAAAGGUUUGAAAAUGGGCUGUACACCUAGUGAAGCGUUUCUGUCGUCAACACUGGAAUGCUUCUAUAAUUCAUCAUGUCUGGAUCUUAUUCUGCAGUAUACGAAUAAUAGCGAUAACACGAUUGAAAUCUCAAUCCUCUCCACAAACAAUAGCCAAUAUUCAAUGGAUUCAUCUAUUCUAGAUUUAAUCACAAAUGUCUUCAUAGAGAAGUGGAUAACAUCCAUAAACUACUCUAUAUAUUUUCAACAAUGUUCACCUAGUUCUUGUUCAUAUACAUAUCAACAGAGAUUCGACUGGCUUUAUACUGUCACUGUUUUAAUCGGCUAUAUCGGUGGUUUAACACUGACUUUACAAUGGUUAUGUCCAAAAAUGAUCAUUCUCUCCAAUCAACUCUAUAGAUAUUCUCGAAAACAGAAAAACACUGUCCAUGUGAUCCCUCAAUUGACAUUGGGAGAAAACCAUAUACACAAUCUCGAUCUAAGCGGAGUUUCUUCAACUUCAACAUCACCGCGACAAUUCACAUCGACCAUGUGUCGUUAUAUCAUUCUUGGAUUAAUUCUGUUCAUGGGUUCAAUAGCAGCACUGGUAAUUGUUUCUAUCUAUUUGAAUGAACGUAUAAAUACGCUUCACACAACACCGUCAGUUUUACUGACAACUAUUGAGACAACGACCAGUACGACAGUAUUGAUGACGACAAUAUCUUCAACAGAAUCAUCCUGCAAAUUAACAUUUCAACAAUCAACUCUGUACACAUCCAACUCGAAUUCAACGCACAAUGCUAUUACUACGGGAGAUUUUAAUGGUGAUAGUUAUCUAGAUAUUGCUCUUGUUGAUGCUUAUUCGGGUAAUCUCAGCGUAUUUCUGAAUAACAAUGAUGAAACAUUUUCAAUAUCAUCGAUACAUAUUAUCAACACAAAUCUCGCUGUUGCCGUUCGUUCUUUUAGUACAAUCAUCAUUUUGAUUGGCAAUGGUGAGGGAAUAUUUCAGAUACAACAGACAAUUUCAGUUGCAUCCAUCUCUGAACCAACCUCAAUUGUAGUUGCUGACUUCAAUGGCGAUACUUAUUUAGACAUUGUUGUCAAUGGGGACUUUCUGGGUAUAUUGUCUGGUUUUGGUAAUGGAUUUUUCAGCGAUGUAUCAUUCCUCUAUUCUAACGAUGUAUCGUAUGAAGACUCAUUUGUAGUCGCUGAUUUGAAUAACGAUAAUUAUCUUGAUCUCGUCAUCGUUGGCGAGUUCGACAAUCGUCUGCACAUCUUGAUUAACAAUGGCUACGGAUAUUUUCGACUACAGACAAUUACAAUGGCAAACGCCUAUAGUAGCGACAAGUCACUCGCUGUAGCUGAUUUUAACAGUGAUAAUCAACCGGAUUUAGCCAUUGCAAUAAAGGAUUCUAAUAUCGUGAAUCUUUUUAUUCAGAAGAAUGGCACUUUUGCGCAACACACCGCAUAUUCAACCGGAGCGUAUAGUGCGCCCAAUUCAUUAGUUGCUGUGGAUUUUAACAAUGAUGGCUAUGCAGAUCUUGCAGUGGUUCUUAAUUAUAAAAAUCAAUUGGAUCUUCGGUUUGGUAUUGGUGAAAGCGUGUUCUCAUCGCCAUUGAUAUUUUCNACGAAAUUAUACAAUGGAUUGCACAGUUGA